AAUACUGUAGUCAGACAGUCACAUGAGAGUUCUCCGGUUAUAGAGACGAAAGUAAAUAUAUAAAGUUCAAGAUUCACAAUAUAUCUGUCCGUUUUGAAAUAAGCAGGCAAUAUUUCGAAGCGAGUGUCAACUGUUGAAUAAUACAAGAACAAAAAUUUCGGGUUCUGUGAUCGCUUUGCAUUGUAUUGAUAUUUGUGCUCUCGCACCAGCAAACAUUCAAUGAAUGUUUUUCAUAUCAAUUGUUUGAUACUUUAUCAUAUAUCACGUGUGAUCAGAUUUUUACUUUGUUUUCACGUAAUAAAGAAUAUUGCACCUUUAGAAAAACGGGGAGAAAAAACUACGUUUACUCAUUUGUCGACAGUAAAAUGACAAGAAGUGGAAACAAUGCUGGAACAUCGAGGUAUGAUGACGACCUUGAAAACACCUGGGGCUGUGCUUCGUGGUUUGAAUACAUAUUUACGGUGAUCAUAGCUUCUGUGCUUCUCAUUGGUGCCACUGCAUUGACUUUGUUUUGGGUUAUAUAUUACCGGAAUGGAUUCGCAUGGAGAGACGACCCGAAAAUCCAAUUCAAUUUGCAUCCCGUUCUGAUGGUUGCAGGUUUCAUUACACUUUCUGGUUUUUCGAUUUUACUUUAUCGAUUGUGCCGAUGCUUGAAACAUAUUUAUGCAAAGAUGGCACACACGCUCUUCCAUACAUUAGCCAUUCCAUGUGUUGCAAUCGGAUUCUUAGCUGUUUACGAUUCACAUAACCUCAAUAGCCCCCCGAUUCCGAAUUUCUAUUCGUUGCACUCAUGGUUAGGUUUGGUUACGAUGGGAUUGUUUGCUUUGCAGUUCGUUAUUGGUUUUUUCACAUUUCUCGUGUGUUUGUGCUGCGCAAAAAUGACGUAUGGCUGCCGUGGGGCAAUGGUACCAAUUCAUGCUAGCUUGGGUCUAGCAACGUUUUUAUUAGCCAUCGCUAGCUGCAUCAGCGGUUUAACACAGAAAGCCAUAUGGACAUUGGGUGAUCAAUAUUCGAAAUUUACUGAAGAAGGUAUCAUCAUCAACGCAUUGGGAUGUGUAUUCAUUGCAUUGGCCAUUCUUGUAUCAUUUGCAGUACGUCGUUCGAAUGCACCAGCGACAGCCAAGGUGUAUGUCACUGAACGAUUAUAAAUUAUUUAUUUUACUAGAACUUUCAGUUUUUUUUCAGUGCAAACAAUUAUUAAUAAUAGUAACUAAAAUUUCAGUAGUAUGAUUGUAAUAAUAAAUAAAGUUUGCCAACUCAAAA